AACAUCUAUGUUGCUCCACUUAAGUAUAAAUAGUCCAAGAACUCUAACUCCUUACAUUUGAAAUAUAUGGAUCCUUCUCCAGGAUUCCCUUACUUUGGUGGUGGAUGACUCUGAAUUCUCUACACCGACCAUGCUACAUAGCCAUAUAGCACAUAAUGUUACACAGGCAUUAUACAUUUUCUUUGUAUUCCACUAUUGACAGUGUCUAUUGUUUUCCUUCUGCUUCGAAAUGUCGGUUUUAUUUCCUAAAAUAUUAUUCCAACUGACCAAGUGGGAGAGAGUGGAGGGAAACCAUGUUUAUAUAAAGGAGUUCUUACUACCUAAAUGUUCCCCAGAUAAUACAACAUUCUCUCCCUCUGUUCUACCUGUCUGAGUACUGCAUAAUUACGUAAUUAUAGUUAAGUUGUAGCUGCCAUUCUUUUAAUUUUUCGUGAUAGGGCCUAAGGGGCGAGGAAUGAAGGUAAUAAGAGGAGUUGUAGUGAUAUUUAUGGUAGCUGUGUUAGCGGAAGUAGGAGAGGCUGCAAGGUCCCUGAGUUCAAACUGGAAGCCUAGAUUAGAGGGGGGUAACUAUGAUUACAGUUAUAGCUAUUGCUUGAGCUGGAGGCUUGCCGCAGAGACUAAUGAUAUUAGGGGAUGGCGAACAGUUCCUUCUGAGUGCCUACGCCAUGUCCAGUCCUACAUGCUCCUUGGACAGUAUAACCUUGACCUCAACUUGAUCAUAUUUGAACACAUUUUUCCUUACAUCAACUCAAUUCCUCUGUCUAAUGAUGGAUACGACGCUUGGAUUCUGGAUAUUGAUGAUACUUGUCUGUCCAAUAUUGUCUACUACAAACUAAGGCAAUUUGGGUGUGAGCCAUACGAUCCACAAGGUUUUAAGAUGUGGGCGUCGAGAGGAGGCUGCCCAGCAGUUCCAGCCACUCUAAGAUUGUUCAACAAGUUGGUGGAGACCGGACUCAAGGUCUUUCUUGUGAGUGGUAGAGAUGAAGAAACACUUUAUCAGGCCACAGCUGAUAAUUUGCAUAAUCAAGAAUUCAUUGGCUACGAACGUUUGAUUUUAAGGAGUGCAGCGAAUAGGGGACAAGGCGGAGUAGUAUUUAAAUCUGAGAAGAGAAAGCAACUAGUGGAGGAAGGAUACAGAAUUUGGGGAAAUGUGGGAGACCAGUGGAGUGAUCUUCAGGGAGACUUUACUGGCAACCGGACUUUCAAACUUCCUAAUCCUAUGUACUUUGUACCUUAAUAAUACAUUUCUAAGCGUGUAGAUUACCAAAUCCUUCUUCUAGAACUCUAUGGCCGCACAAGGUUACAAGCUGGUCUCAGUGGGAGCAAGCUAAUUAUACUACACUUUCGUAAUACAGUACAUUCAUUCUGAUACUCAUUGUAAACAAUAGUCUGAUUUGCAGUUUGUUCACAUUGGUAGAUGGAUGGCUUGAUGCCUUGAUAUACAAUUGACCUCCUCUCGGCCAAGGCAGUUUGCUCUACUUCCACUCUCCAUCUCCUCAAGAAGGCUUAGACAUUUACCAUUUUGCUAGCUUAGGUUUUGCUUAAUAAUACAUAUAUAAAAACUAUAAAAAGACAAGUCCUUUGUGAUCUAAGGAAAAUAUUAAAUAUAAUGAUAAUGGCAUAUUGUCAUAAGUGUAGAUCAUUUGACUAAGAAGUUUAAACAAAAAGUGCAUGACAUGGUCAUGCACAUGUACCCACAGACACUGAACAUACUUCAAGUAGUUGACAAUGUCUGAUCAUACUU